CGGGUUAUUCCCGUGACCUCGACACGCGUGUGGAAACAGGCAGCCCUACUUUCCUUUGACCAAAACACCGACAGAAAACAUCAGCGUUCACGGAGGAGAGUAGACCAAAGUCUGACUUUACCUGAGAAAGAGACGGAGUUUUCCCGCCAAAAUGGGCCCGCCUCGGUCAAAGAAGCGUCGUCCGACGUUUCGCCGCCUGUUGAAGACAAGCGGCGUGAAGCUGGAGAACAAACUGAAGAACCGACAGCUGAAGCAGCAGAACGUGGCCAAGAAGCAGCGAAAAGAGCAGAAGAAGCUGAGGGCGGCGAUGAAGGACGCCGUCAUCAGGAUGCCACGCCCUCUGGAGACGUACAUGAAGAGACCCGAGGAGGAAGAGGAGGAGGAGGAGUUCCUGGAGUCUCUGCCCACAGACAUGAUGGAUGAAGAAGACCUGGAGCAGAUGACCGCCAUGGCUCGCCAAGCUUCCUUCAUCACUAGAGACCUGUCGUCAUGCACGCCGGUCCACAGCGGGAAGAAACGGAGCUCCGAGGUCAUCCGCAGCUACGAGAAAGUUCCCAGGAAGAUGGCGAGGACGGAGGAGAAGGAAGUGAUCCACCUGCUGCCGAUCAAAGACAAGACGGGGGUGAUUCCUCAGAGCGUGGAGAGAGUCCUCAAAAAGCAGCCUGAGGAGGAAGAGGAGGAAGAAGAGGCUGAAGAGCCGGAGGAGGAAGAAAACGAUGAAGAAUGA